CAGUGAUUGCUGAUUGGUCACACAGAAAGCAUGCCACUCUGUGAGCUCAACAGGUCGCUUGCUAAGAACUUCAGUACCUGUUCCAAGGAUGAGACUCGUGCCGACAUUAUCCUGCCAACUAUCCUGCUUGACUUGACAAUGUAUGUGCCUAAAGUUCUUACUGGAGACUCUUUCAGGAUAUAUGUAUAUUGCACGAUCAACUAAUGUCCUGUAAACUCAGGGGGACAUUGGCUGGAGAAAGCCACCAUGGCUUGCUUACAUGGACCACGACUACUGAAUUUGGAGAAAACCCCUCCUCAUCUUCAGUUCAAUGACUUGAUCCUGACAGGCUACCGGCCAAUUUCAACCUUUCAGGGGUGCAUCAGAAGCUUGUUCUACUUGCACAAUGAAUUUGGUAACAUUUAUACCCAUGGAAUCCCAUUCUUCUGUUUCCUUGUGCUGCUGCCACUUAACAUCCCCUGGUCCGAGGUGGAGCAAACGUGGAUGUGUGUGUUCCACUACCUUGCCUGCCUGUCCCCCACCGUGGGCUCAGUGCUUUACCACACCUUCAUGAACCAUGAGGGCGGGGAGCCCAUCUACGACACACUCCUUUCCCUUGACAUGGUCGGAGUCUGCCUGGUCAACACCUUGGGAUGCCUGCCCAUCAUCUAUAUCACCCUGAUGUGCUACCCUGGCACUUGCAUCCUGGCCCUCCUGUCCUACAGCCUAAUCUCAGCCUGGGGCAUCCUCUGUGCCACCACAGCGCGUAGCAACUAUGGGCGCCUUCGCGCUUUCAUCUGGCAGGCCCUCUUCCGUGUGCUCCUCUUCCUGUUCCGUUGGCUGGGCGACGGUGUAGGCAGCCCAGCUUCGCUGCGCCUCUUCUUCACCAUGGACAUGCUGGCUAUCAUGGGUGGCCUGGUGAACCUUAGCCGGGUGCCCGAGCGUUUUAGCCCAGGCCUCUUCGACUACUGGUGCAACAGCCACCAGAUAAUGCAUGUGCUGGUGAUCUGCUCCAUUAUCUACAUGCACUGGGGGAUGCUGGAGGAUUUAGCCUGGAUUAAGACGUUCCAGUGUCCGGUGUUGGAGUGAGGGACAGAGA